ACAGCAGCACCUGGAAGCAGGAGAGGGCCGAGGCUUGGCCCCAGACUGGGAGGAGAGCAGCGGUGGCGCCAUCUACUGUCACCGUGGCUGCACUGCACCUUGAUUGUGUUAGGACCGAGAAGCUCUUGACGUGCACAGAUUUGGAGAAAAGCUGCGUUCACAUGAACUCUGUGAGGAGUAAUUUGCUGGACGAAGAGAAACGAUAACGGAAGGAGUAUCGAUCUCAUCACGCUGGUAUCGAACCAACACAGAUACUAACAAUUCUAUCGAUAUGAUCGAUAUUUAGAUCGAUACGCCCAGGACAUAUGCAGCUACUACUGGGCGAUACUGGGCAUUUGGUAUCGAUCCGAUACCAAAUGAAUAAUGGCUAGUGACGAAGAUAGUGAUACCGAUAGUUUUCGUCAUGCUCACUGAAUAAUUUCGUAAUUUUGCCUUUAAUUAGUUGAUUAUGGUUAUGAUAAAAUACAGGACAAAUGUUUAGGUAAAUAAACCGGCUUCUCUUACUAAUUGCAGUAUAAAACAAUUUAUAAAACAAUUACAUGUUUAGUCGUCAGCUGAGAGAGUGUGUGUGCAUCUCGGCACGAAAUGCAAAAUAGAGGACAGACUCUUUUUAGCCCUUCAAACCCGAGCAGAUCUCAGCGAUCUGUUAAAGUAAGCGGUUUUUGAAUUACUGUAACUCACAAUGAUUUGUUAUGUUGUCAAAAUUGCAUACGAUUGUUUUCCAGUCAUUAGUGCAAAAUAAGAAAAAGAAACAAUUUAACAAAAAUAUAAAUAUAACAAUAUGAACAACACAACAACAAUGGAAAAUAAAAUCGGUAACAGUAGUCAGUUAAGCAAAUAAGUAAACAAAACCAAUAUUUUAGUAAUAUAAAAAUUGCUCAAAGAGAGAAAUGGUGGCUCAAUAAUUUUCCACCAUAGAAGCGAGUCUGUAUCCGGUGUAGUUGUCUUCCGAAUACCGACGCAUUUCAAUAACGGCAUCAGUUCUAGCUGUGCGAUACUGCUGUGAUGCUAGAAUUUGAGUAUCAAACUCUGUCCAUAUCCAAGUUUUAAUACAGGUGAGGAUGGAGAAGCUCCUGUCGCGCACCGACUCGGAGAGAAGCCGCACUCGCAUAAAUUCUGUGACAAGUGAUUUGCUGGACGUAUAAAUGACAAACUGUAACAAAAGUAUCGAUCUAAGCACGCUGGGAUCGAGCCGAUACCGAUGCUGACCUUGGUAUCAAUAGUAUCGAUAUUUGGAUCGAUACGCCAGUCCUAGCAGCUACCACACUGUAUGAUGCUGGCAGAACAGGGUGCGGAGGUGGUUGGCUUUGCAGAGUUCAUGUGCUGGUUAAUAGAUAUUGUGGACUUUUACAUUAAACUUUAAUUUUCGGACCUUGGAGUCUCCUUUGUCAGCCUCGUCUGACUCUAUAAACAAAACCCACCACUCAGUCUAACUAAUGGAGGUCUGUGCCGAAAACUCAACGACAUCCUCUGACAAGGGAGACCUUGAAAUUAAACCUUUAGAGUUAAGUGAGAAGUGUGCGGAUGCAGGGACUCAGAGGAUCACAUGGAGCAACCAGCUGGAGUUCAUCCUGGCGUCGGUGGGGUACGCAGUAGGACUGGGGAAUGUCUGGAGGUUUCCCUACCUGUGUUACAACAACGGUGGAGGUGCCUUCAUGAUCCCUUAUCUGACCAUGGUGCUUCUGUGUGGCAUUCCUCUGCUGCUCGUUGAGUUGACUAUUGGCCAGUAUACUCGCUUAGGGCCGGUGCACACUCUCGCCAAAAUCUGUCCCUUGCUCAAAGGUGUUGGUCUGGCCACAGUUGUGAUCUCCUUCAUGUACUCCACAUACUACAAUGUGCUCAUGAGCUGGGCUCUUUUCUACUUGUUCAACUCGUUCGGAGCGACCCUCCCCUGGACUUCUUGCAACAACACUUGGAAUGCCCUCGGAAACUGUUCCAGCGGUUUCCCUGGCAACGUCACCCAUCUACAGUCGGCCAGCCAGCAGUUCUUUGAUCACAGACUUUUGGAGAAGACGAGUGGAAUUGAGGAAGCUGGUGGUGUUCGUUGGGAGCUCUUUGGCUGUCUUAUUGUUGCCUGGGUUAUUGUGUAUUUAGGCAUAUUUAAAGGAGUCAUAAUCACCGGCAAGGUGGUGUACUUCACUGCGCUCUUUCCGUACUUCAUCCUGUUUGCCCUGCUCAUCAACAAUGUGCAGCUUCCCGGAGCCAAGGAUGGCAUCCUCUACUUUGUGACACCUGUAUGGGGCAAACUGUUUGAAUUGAAGGUCUGGGUCGGUGCUGCUUCACAGGUGUUUAACUCGCUGGGCAUAGCGUUUGGCUCCAUGAUUUCGAUGGCUAGUUACAACAAGUUCAACCACAAUGUCCUCAGAGAUACAAUGAUUGUGUCGUUAAUCAACUCCUUCACCAGUAUCCUGGCUGGCUUUGUGAUCUUCUCAGCUAUUGGCUACAUGGCUCACAUACAUAAACUCCCAGUGGAUAACAUAGCCACAGAUGGCCCCGGUUUGGUGUUUGUUGUGUACCCUGAAGUCCUCUCCACCAUGCCUGGCUUUCAGUUCUGGGCUCCACUUUUCUUCUUCAUGCUGCUGUGCCUGGGCCUGGACAGUCAGUUUGCCACAACGGAGGUAACUGUGACGUUCAUAAAGGACGAGUUUGGACCAAAAAUUCUGCAAUUCCUAAAGAGAGAGGAACUGGUUGCCCUGAUUGUUUGCAUUGUUUUGUUUUUAUUGGGGAUUCCUCACAUUACCAAGGAAGGUAUCUAUGUGUUUCAUCUGAUGGACCACUACACUGCCGUCGUGUCCCUCAUGAUCCUGGCUUUUUUUGAAAUUGUGGCUGUCUGCUGGAUCUUUGGAGUCACACGGAUCUCUUUAAUGAUCAAAAGGAUGCUGGGCAAAACUCCACAUAUCUUUUUCCGUGUCUGUUGGUUGCUGGUCUGUCCUUUGAUGAUUUUGUGCAUACUGGCCUCCAUCCUUGUUCAGUACACUCCUGUCCGGUAUGAGAAGUACAAGUACCCAGUGUGGACUGAGUGGGUGGGCUGGUGCAUCUCCCUGGUUUCUGUAGUGUGGAUACCACUUGGUGCUAUUCAAGAGAUCUAUAACAACCAAGGAUCAUUUCUUCAGAGACUGACGACAGCCAUGACUCCCACAAUAGACCUAGAUGCCCUGCAGGAAAGACAAAGCCAUGACAACCCUGCAUCUGAGAAAUUGCUCACGUUGGUGACAUGAACAGAGACACAGCCGCCAAAACCACGUCUUUAUCUCUACUUGCCAGGCUCUGUAAUGUGUCACACUGUCAUUACAGUUCUAUCAGAAUUUCAUCCAGAGACCUCACUUUAUCUUAACUCCACUGCACGUUUGUAGCUCUUUAAAAUCACUUUGCCUGACAUUAUCGUCAUAAAAAUCACCCUUUCCUUUUCCCCCUUUACCAAGUGUGCAAUCUGAUAUUUCAUCCAUCAAAUUAGGAUUGGACGCUUGGAUUCACACCUAUAGUACAUGUGAUGUAGGCGUGAAUCGUCAUGUGUCCUGUCCAAAUUAUGCAGGUGCUAAAUCCAACACUGGAUUAACACUGGAGUGAAAUGUCUUAUUCUUAAAUCAGUGAGAGGCUUUUUAACUGUUCCGGCUUAAUACAUAUAUAAACUAAAUUAUUUAAAACUCUGGAUUAAAUCCCUCAAAAGUUUGCACAUGAGGCUUGUCUCACUUGGAAGUCUCUGCCAAGUGCAACAGGGAACAACCUAUACAACCUUCUGACUUCCAUUUUCAGUUUUUAUGGUCCUUAAACCAGUGUGCCGUUCUGAAUUUACUGCAGCAUUCAGACAGUCCUAAUGUCUAAGGAGCUUAAUGUAAGCAACAGGUGCUUUGUUUUGGUGGUAGUCACCAGGAACAGACCAAUAUAAAACACUGCAGUGCCUUUUGUUCUAAUAUUCUCUUAUAUGCACACAACCUUUGAAUGUACAAUUGAAAUGUUGCCAUUUCAAAUGAUGGUCUACAUGCAUUUUAUGUCUAGAACCGUAAUUACAAAAUACAUGACUGGGUUUUAGACACUGGACUUGUAUGUAUAUCAAUAAAUUGUAAUGAUAUAUUAACUUAAAUAUGGUUUUGAAUAUAGUGAUUAUUUAGGAAUGUACUAAAGCUGCAUUCAAAUAGAACUUGAAUUCAAACAUUUCGACUCAUGAGUUCGUAAAUACGUGGUUUCACCGAUAGGCCUCAGCUGAUCCUCUUUGCCUUAAAUCUUGUUAAUCAGCAGCAGCUGUUUGUGUCUGAAUGAAGACCAGCAGCCUCCCUUCGCUCUGUCAAUCACGGCUACUCGUCUGACAUAUAAACAGAAGCACAUUUUGCCUCUUAGACUCAGGGCAGUGAUGCCUUCAUGUUCAUACUGUCGUACCAAUAAAUUACUGACCAUAUAAACAAACAAACAAUCAAAAAAGCACCUACUGAACAAAGCGGAAAUAUUGAGAAUUUCUUUUAUCUGUGAUAUUUUGUCAUAACGGAAACGGUUGUGUGUUCAUUUUAAUCUCAAAGCAGGAUUUGCGUCCUGUUCCUUCUGUGUUGGGGUUUGUUACAUUAGUUUUUAAUUAAUUUUGGUUAAAUGAAAGAAGUAAUAAAAGAUUAAUUCGGGCUUGUUCUGCUGUCAAUGAAUUACGUGUGUCGUUUGGAUUAUUGCCUCAGUUAAACACUAGGUGGCAGCAAAGUGGCAAGAAAAAAAAGAGUAGGGAAGUCUUUUUACCAGCAAAACUACUGUGUCUGUCGUAUUCAUCUGCUAAUAUUUGUUUUAGAUUAAACCACUAAAUGUACAAUAAAUAAAAUAAGAUAAAAAAAA